GUUCUUGCCUCUUAAUAUUUUUGAACUACCGCUAUAUCGUCAAGAUUAUCAUUUAAGAAUCCACCGUGUGUAAAUGCUCGCGAGGAGCGUCUAUACGGUAACUCGAUCUCAGAUCACAAGCACGAGUUAUCUGCCCUCACUUUCGUCAUAUUCUAAAUUUCUUCAACCAAAAUUCACAUUCUCUACAAUGCCUCCAAAGGGCUCCAAAAGGAAAACAGCCUCCCCUGUGGGCAAAGCCAAUGGAGUUGAGACCAAAAGAGUGAAGCAUGAAGCCAACCAAGAUGAGCUCCACCAACCUCAUCCAUUCGCAAAGGAUGCAGAAGAACAUGGCAUCGUUCUACGACGCUUCUAUCCGCAUGAAAUGAGCACUUCUCGAGCUUAUGCAUACAAUUCUAAUGAAAUUGAAAGGCCAAUGGAAGGACUCGUCGCGGCACUGGAAGAGACAGCCGGAGCUCGAAAGCAAGCCAAGGUCCGGCACGCCGUAGUUCACUGGUUUAAAAUGGAUCUUCGUCAUUCCGAUAAUCGAUCACUUGCAUUGGCCAGUGCCAAGGCUAAAGAGGCUGGCGUUCCUCUCAUCUGCGUCUACAUCAUAAGUCCUCAAGACUUCGAGGCUCAUCUCACGUCGCCGGUCAGAGUAGACUUUAUGUUGAGAACUUUAAGCGUUCUAAAAGACGAUCUGGCGGCUCUCGAUAUCCCUCUCCAUGUGGAAACCGUGGAUAAGAGGAAGGAUAUUCCACGUCGCAUUUUGGAGCUCAUGGAAGAAUGGGGAAGCAACCACCUCUUCGCCAAUAUGGAAUACGAAGUUGACGAACUGCGACGUGAAACUCGUAUGAUUCGGCAGUUUGCGGAAAAUAAUAUGUCGUUUGAAGUGGUUCAUGAUACGUGCGUGGUACCCCCAGGAGAGUUGCAUAGCGGUACUGGCAAGCAGUAUGCUGUUUACACUCCUUGGUACCGAGCUUGGAUGGCUCAUAUUCAUGAGAAUUUGGAUCUCCUCGAGAUUUAUGAUCGGCCGGAGAAAAAUCCAGGUGCCACGCGUCGAACCUUCAAGACGCUCUUCGAUUGCCCAAUUCCAGAUGCACCAAAGAAUAAGCAGCUCAAUGAUGAGGAGAAAAAGAGGUUCCACGGUCUGUGGCCUUGUGGCGAACAUGAGGCCAUGUCAAGAUUGGAGAAAUUUUGCGACGAGGCAGUCACAAGCUAUCACGAUAGGCGAAAUAUCCCUGGGGACAAUGGGACGUCAUGCCUAUCUGUGCAUCUUGCAAGCGGGACAAUCAGUUCCAGGACAUGCGUUCGGACAGCCAGGGACAGGAACAAGACUAAGCGAUUAGAUGGUGGUCAUCAGGGCAUUCAUGUUUGGAUCAGCGAAGUCGCCUGGCGAGAUUUUUACAAGCACGUUUUGGUUAACUGGCCAUAUGUCUGUAUGAACAAGCCAUUCAAGCCCGAGUAUGCGAAUAUCGAGUGGUCUUACAACAUGGAUCAUUUUGAAGCAUGGUGUGAGGGGCGAACUGGAUUUCCCAUUGUCGACGCUGCGAUGCGUCAGCUCAAUCACAUGGGAUAUAUGCAUAACCGGUGUCGCAUGAUUGUCGCUUCGUUCCUGUCCAAAGAUCUGUUGAUUGAUUGGCGCAUGGGUGAGAAGUAUUUCAUGGAGCACUUGGUCGAUGGCGAUUUUGCGAGCAACAACGGUGGCUGGGGAUUCAGUGCCAGCGUUGGAGUUGAUCCACAGCCCUACUUCCGCGUCUUUAACCCAUUGCUCCAAAGUGAAAAGUUUGACCCCAACGGCGAGUACAUCCGUAAAUGGAUUCCUGAGCUGAAAGCCUUGAGUGAUAAGGAGAUACACGACCCGUAUAACCGAGGUGCUGGCACCAAAGCGAAGAAGCAGGGCUAUCCGAAGCAAAUCGUCGAUCAUAAAGGCGCGAGGGAGCGUGCUCUGAGCGCAUACAAGGACGGGCUGGAGAGAGGGAUCUAGGAGAAAUUGGAUAUCGAAAACGGUUCAUCUGAUAGUUCAAUAAGUGUCAAUUAAUAUGGUCAAUUCGUACUUGAAAAUCUAAGCAUGUUUGACCCGUAUCUGUACCAUGGCGAGCAACUUAACCGCCACAGCUUUUUGAAGGCCAAAGUGUUUAAUCUUCGGCUUGGAAACUAUCAGAGCAGCUCCAGAAUCCCCGACCAUAGAGCGCAGGUUAGUGCUCGCUCGAGGAGACUUUGCUAGCCGGUAUGUCUUCAUAAUGAGGCGGGGAAAAAAAGGAAAAAGUCUUUAAUAAACGUCACAUCCGAAUCGCAUAUUUCCACGUCGAAAUCUUCUUGUCUUGAAACGGAGCCAAAACGCCUUGAAUUGGAUUUGCUACAUGCAGCCAACUCUAGUUUCCACGCCCGCCUUUCAUACCCAUGCUAAUCCCUUUUUAUGUUUUUGAGAAAUUUAUCGCUGGGCGCUCCAGACGGCCUUGACGAGACCAUCACGCUGAGCCAAUCGGUUCAGGGAGUCGUCGGACUCACCCAUGGCACGGACGAAGCCGCACAGGGCGUAGACGUGGUUCUCUCCGGGGACGGCACGGCCGUUCUCGUCAACCUUGGCAAUGGAGAUCUGGACGGAGCCGUGGUCCUUGGCCUUGAUGAUGCGGUUGGUAGCGCUGCACUUGCGCGGGACGUAGCUGGACGGAC